UAACGUGCUUGCCUGGUCUCUGCUGUCUACAGUCACUACCUAUUAUCUUAAUUACAUAGCACCAACAUGUUUAAGAUACUUCAGUCACACGAGGAAAGGGACCCUAAGGCUGUGCUCAAGCAGCAGAGCAAGCGUGCUCAGAAACGUCUACAGAACAAAGAAGCGCGGAGUGAGGGAGCGCGCGGAAAUGAACCGGCACAAUCAGUGGCGAAAACAGGCAACGAUAGACGGUUGGCAGUUCUGGAAAAUGGCGACCCCUCGGAGCAGCUUGCGAACCUCACGGACCUCGCGCAGGACGUCCUGCUAAGCGGCGAUCCGGACCCAGGCCUCCUAGAGGACAUAGGCUCCCAGAUUGCCGCUAUACAGCGCUUGCAGCUGCACGCCGGCAGCGGCAGCAGCGGCACCGGCGAGCACGCCAGGAGCCGGGCGCAAGGGCUUGACAGCGCGAACCUCUCACCCUUUGGCUUCCCACCAGGGCCGGGGCCAGGUCGAGGCGCCAGCAGUCCGAGACCCGGGUCAUGUGGCCAGGCACCGUCCAGCUACGUCCCUCCCGCGCCGCUGCCCUUCUCCCAUCUGGCCCGAAUGCACAGCGGCAGCAGCUGCGGCGAGGCGGGCAGCAGCGAUGCGCACGCCGGCAGCAGCAGUAGCAGCCACGCUAGGGGGCCCCCGCAGUCGCCAAGCGCGCAGGGUGCCAGCCGAAGCCCCUUCUCCACACCGAUUCGCAGCGGCGCGUCUGGUCCCAUGGACUCACAAGGUGAUUUCCCCCGCCUUCCUACGCCCUCGCCGCCGCUGCCACCACACCCGGCCAGUCGAGGGCCUUAUCCGGGCGCUUCUGGGGGCUCACGGCCCCGCGGCAAGAUGGCAGCUGCGGCGUUGAGCCGUGGCGGCAGCGGCGUCAAAGUCCUCCGUACGGCGCACUCCAACCCGUUUCCCCAUGGCUACGACAGCAGCAAUAGUCACCACGGUAACGGCUUCUUACGCGGCUGCUAUCCCGGCAGCAGCACCAACAACAGCAGUGCCCACGAUAACAACCGUUCCCUCGGCAGCGCCAACGGUCAUGCCAACGGUCAUUACAACACCAACGGCACUCCUCCUCAUCAUCACCCUAGCCACGAGUACGACAAUUUUGACUUGUCGUACGAUGACGAGCCGUUACCGAACUUGGACCUUUUGUGUGACUUGCUCGAUGACGGCGCCUGCCUGCGUGAGGAUCCGCUGGCGCAGGGCGACUGCUGCCUGGAAGGUCCCGGACCGGAUACCCGUGCGGUGAACCGGAGGAUGCUGGCGGCACAGCAGCGGCUCAUCAGCGCUCAGGAGGGCGGUGGACCGGUUCGUGGAGUGACCCAGGAGCAGAUGAGCGAGAUGAUGAAGCGCGCGCACAGUCGGCAGCAACGAGCCAGCACUGCCGCCGCCGCAGCAGGUGGGGAGGGCGGCAGCGGCGGCGGCGGCAGAGGAGCAGGAGGAGCCGGCAGCAGCAGCGACGAGGAUGAAGAGGAUGAUGAAGAUGAGGAGGGACCAUACCAGAGCUGCCCGGAGGAGGGACCUGUUACCUGGCGCCACACGGUGGAGAGCAUGAAGAGGAACGGCUGGGUGCUGGUAACCGACACAGUCGGCAAACACUACAAGUACCGCCGAGUGCUUCCAAACAACCAGGUGCAGACGCAGACCGUGCCCUGCUCCUCAUCCGAUAAGCUGCGAGGCGUACGGAACCUGCAAGCGGCCCUGGCGCGGAAGGAUGAGGAGGCGAAUGCGGUCGUCCGCGCGUGGCGAAAGGCGCAGCGGCAGCAGCGUAAGGAGGCAGCCGCCGCUGCAGCGGCGGCAGCGGCGCAGGAAGACUAAUUACGCAGCCAGCGGUGCUUUGACUACAGAUGCCGUUAAUUAUCGUACGCAUGUGACCGCGCUGUUUGGGCCAUCAAGCUUAUCCAAGUUUUCCAUGCUAACCACGCUCUUUCCUGUUGUGGCUGGUUGACUGACGAAGCAGGUCUGGCAUGCUUGUGUGUUAGUGGAAUUGCACUGCAAUUCCUACAAUUUUGGUGCUAUCUUAACGUAACAAACAGGGGAUAUGUAUGGAAGGUUGGAGGCGCUGUGUGCGUGUUAAAUAGCCCCACCGCAAGACGUCACUGGUGUGUGUCAGAAGGUUUAACCCAUCUACCAGAAGUGGGUUCAGCGCUUUAGUCAUUUGAUACUGUUCGCCUAACAGGAGG